CGCACACUUCAUUCGAGCGCCAAAUUUUGCCGACCUGUUAUUUAUUUACGUUUUAGUUUUGUGCAUUGGUGUUUUAAUUAUAAUUAUUUUUGCAAUUGUUUGUUUUAAUAAAACUAAUGGAUUUUGAACUAUUUAAUUUCGAUGAAGAUGAUGAUUUAUUAAGUACCGCUUGUAUAGAAGCAACACAAGGUCAACUAACGGCACCACAGCAAACACAAACAUUUGUGGGUGUAGUUGGAGAAGCUGUCUUACCUGAAUUACAAUGUAGUGGUGAGGAUACUACCCAUGCUAAGUUCGCCAGUGAAGGAUUUGUGAGAAGUGGCUUUAUGCUGACGCGCCCUGAAUAUGCUUGGCGUGAUGCAAGCGCAGUAUUAACACUUACAGAAUUUGAAUUUGGCGUAAAACAGUUGCUUGAACACAAUAGUGUGCAAUAUCUUAUAGGCACGUCAUGUAUGCAUAUUCAACAUCUAUGGGCUAGUGUACGACAGCCGCUUAACACAAAUGACAUAUACAACAACCGCCAACGUAGGAAAGAAGUAACACAUAUGUUUUAUUGGAUACUCCUCCACAUAACCGACGAACAGUGGUCGUUUCUGCGGCCUAGCUUGGAAAGCAUUCGACAUUUAGUUAAUCGCACAACUGAAGCAGAUACCUGGAAAUUAAUAUAUUUUGCCAGUAGUUGUAAAGGCAAUGAUUGCAAUGCUGCCGCCUACCACUUGUUGCACGGUGUGCUUGAGUGGAAACUAUUGGAUUUGUGUAUACUCUACAAAUUCGAAUUGUAUGCUCCUAAAGUACAAUUGGAUGACAAUGCAAAGCCAAGCAGCGCCUUUAUAAACCAAUUGACACUACUCUUCGAAGAUUUAAUGACCUGCUCAUUGUAUUUGUAUGGAAAAAAACGACCGGCUGAGCUGCUUUAUGCUUCGCCUUUUCCUUGUACAUGUAUAAAGGAAUGUUGGUUGUAUGUGCAACUCGUCUUACAGAAGUGGACAUUGACUACCUUUGCUGUGGCCACUGAAAAACUUACCUUCUGGCAACUAUUCAACGAAACGAUAACGAAAUUGAAAACCAAAUUGGAUAAGUUUUCUUUAACAACCUCAUCUUUGGCUGAAUUCACAAAUUGGCUGCUACAUGCGCUAGUGCGACUUUUUGGCUAUCGUUCCAAUGGACAAUAUGUCGGGCCAAGGCACGAGCGCGUUUUGGUAGAUACAGCGGAGAAUGUGGAGGCGCUAGAGCAGUGCACACAACAGUUUCUCAACGGUAAUCCCAGCGAAGAGCAGACACGCGUAUAUAUUUGCUUACUUAUGCCUACAUUGUUGAAUUGGUGGCGUCCACGCGUCGCCAUACCAGUUUUACUGUGGGAACAGUUCCACAAACGUCUGAAUACUUCCUUCUAUGCUGCCGGUUCAGCACCAAGCAAUUUGGCGGUCGCUUGUGCCAGCGGCAAGGCAUAUGUGGAACGUUAUCGCGCGCUACUUAAACAAGAAGAACUUACGGCUGAUGCCAAUUUGAGUAGUUACACACUGUUUACCAUAUUGUUAGGCAAAAAUCUAAUGCGCCUAUUAGAAAGCGCGGCGACGCGUCAUCAAGCGCAAAAAUUGCUCGGUCGUAUUUACACUAAAUUCAGUGCACAAAAGUUUCUCGCGCUGAAUGAGAUGGGCAUACAUCAUCUUAUAGAAUUAUUUCUGGCGCUAGCAAUUUGCGGCGAUUUCGAAGAGCUUGCACCGAAGCUGAGCGCGAAAUUGCUGUCGAUUGCUUUGGAUAAAAUACCAGCUGGACGUCAAAUUGCAGUUGCCAAAGGUCAUAUGGCGUUAUUGAUACUCUACGCUGAGCGGCGCUGUGAAAUCGGCGAGUAUGCGACGAAGCUGCUGCAGCAGCUCACUGCUAUCAAUAACGAUUUAAGCGUUUCAAAAGUGUUGGCGGAUGGUUUGUUGGAAAUUUUCAUGCACGCCGACGAUUUUCGUCGUGGCGAACACUUGCUGAUAGACGCAUGGCUGCCGAAUUAUUUGCAGACCUGUACGCCCGUAGAACAGGAUCGCAGUUUGGAGGCGCUACAUCUGAUAUUCGGCAAAUUACAGCGCAACGAAUCGUUGAUCGAGUCGAACUCGGAGCUCUUAAAAGCGCUCAAUGCGCUCGUACUACCGUUUGUUAAGCAACAAUUCGCCUACGGCUACAGUCAAUGGCUGCCACAGCUCGCCGCAGACUUCUCUACGCACGCCUGCACUGUGCCGGAUACACAGACGUUUCAGAAACUAUUCAAUUACUUCAUUGAAGCGCCGGUUGCAUGUCGCCAGGCGUUGCCGCAAUACCUAAAUAAAGUGCUGCAAACCGAGCGCGCCGCGUUAAUCGAGCCGAACGUGAUCAUACAUGUGUGGCUGAAAAGUUUAGUGCAGUUGACCGCUGUCAACGAAGAUGUGGCUCAAUUGACUCGUUAUGUGUCGCAGUUACCCGAAUUUCGAAUGAUGACCAAUAAUUUGAACCACGAAGAGCUGCAGCAAGCAAAAGAACCACUCUGCGUCUUCAUAGCCGCUGUUGGCAAACAUUACGACGCAUGCGCCGCGCACCAUCAGCGGCGUUUUCGCAUUGCAGACAACUUGAAUGCGUAUUUGCGUAAUUUCGACAAAUGGCUUCAGGUCGACCUAAAGCAGGAGAAGACCGAAGUAGCCUUUCGUUUCUACAGUUUUCUGGCCAUAGUUAUAUACAAUUGCGCGCACAUCGUUUACACCAAGUCCAAGGUGAACUGUUUCUUCCACGUGGUUAUGACGCGUUUCGUUCUGCCCACCAAUGUGCAGAUGGGCAAAGCGCCGGAUGGCAAAUUGGCGCAAGUGGUGCACAAAAUUUGGCCUGUGCUCGUGCAAGGCAUUGGCAAACUCAAUUUCAAAGUCGAUCCGUAUAUCAGUAAAACGUUGACCGACCUCAUACAGAAGUGGACGCCACAUUUCAAAUUUUCACCGAACGCGAAAAUGGUCGCACGCCCCUUUGUCAGCUGUCUGCAAAGCGACAACGCUGAAUUGUCUUUGUUUGUCUUCGAGAAGCUCACCAGCCUGUUCUUGGCCACACAGCGUCGUCAAGCAGAUCCAAAUGCCUGCUUGGUGGUGACUAUUUUCCAAGAAGUGAUCGAAUCUAUAGACGCCAAUAACACCAGCGACGACAUACUAACGAAGCGCUUGGAAACCUUCAUGAAAGCCACAUCGCUGCUCAUGCUGGAACACAUUAUGAUGGUGGACGAAGUGGUGCCCAGUCGCGCGCUGUUGCUGGAUUUGUUUAAACGUAUUGUCAGCGGUGCGACAUAUAAGCGCUCAGCCGGUUUGCAACAAUUACUUGCCGAGCAUUUGCGGCUACUUACCAAAAAGCAUCUCGCCUACUACACGUUCUUCUUCUUCGAGCUGUUGCAGCGUUUGGCGCAAUUCACACCUGAUACGAUUCUGCAAAUCAUGGAUUUUUUGCUCGCCGAGAUGCGUGUUGUGGAGCAGAAACGUGGUGCCGGCGAGGAUAAUCGCAUGAGAGGCUGCUUGCAAAAGCUACAGCAGACUUUAAAAGGUACCACAUGAGCGGGGGCAUCAUACGAAAACUCACGAAGUACAAAAACCGGAGCAAAAAUAAAGAAAGGUUCGCGCAGAAUAUUUUAGCUGAAAAGAGCUCCUGAAAGCUAAGUAGCCCACUCGAAAAAAAAAUUCCAACGCAACUCGUUGGUUUAUGUAUGUAAUUCUCGGACACUCGAGCAUUUCAUAUUAUUUUUUUAUGGGUAAUUAUUUAUAACCUAUAUUUUUAGUAGUAUAUUGGUUACGUAUCUUUUAAGCAGAAUUACCAGUAUUUUGACUAUACUAACUGUAGAACUAGUAAGUGCACGAUCAAUUCAAACCUUUUUGUCUUUAUGUUAACCUUUCAUUGUAACUAUGUAAAAUUUUAAAUCAAGUCAAAUAGUUUAGCCUGCCUGCAGAUGCGCUCUCACCAGGGUCGAUGCCACAAACGUACAUAUUUUCUCUCCCCAAGAAGCUCAUCGUUGGAACGCGCCUAGUUUUUAUCAUUUUGGGAGAGAGCCCGUGCCCAUUACUUUGCUAGCCUCCUAUAAAGGCAUCGAUCGGUUUGCAAUAACCUAUGCCUUCAGAGUUUGGACUUUGGAAGCCGGGAACACCUGUAAAAUGUCGAGAAGAAACCCCUAGAUUGGCAAAAGCACAGCUGUUCUCACCGCCACUAGCCUCCUUUUGUCACGACACUGAAGAGAGGGGAACAGCUUCAUUUGAAGAACGCAUUACCGAGUGAGGGUUAUUUGCAACUGAAGCAUUGUAGUAAAUGGUCAGAUGACUUGAAUAAGCUUCCGAUAAACAAAACCGCUACAACGCAACGCGGAAACCAAAGGAACGUCUUGGAUAAACCUCCAAUAAAUGCCACUUUCCGUACCACUGUAUGUUUACGGCUCUAUAUGCCGUCAACAAGCCAAUGAAGGGAAUACCUCGCGAUACGUAGAUUGGCACCUGAGCUGGAAACUGAGUCAUGUUCAAAGGUUCCAGCGCCUUCAGAUAAGCCUCGCAUGUCAACGCGUUCUUCAAAUGGAGCUUAAUCUUUCUUAUCAAUUAUAGAAAAUGUUCCCUAUUUUGCUUUGCGGUGUGUAAAAGAAGCUGGAACGUCAUAAGAAGGUAUUCGUUUAGUGGUGGUGAGAGGGGCAUGGUUUUGGGUAACCUCUAGAGGAUUUACGAUGUCGUUUUAAUGGUUCCCGAAGUACGAACGGACGCAGCUUUGAUUACUGCAACUCGAUCGAUGUCUGUAUAUGUUGCAAGCCAGUCAAUGAGGGCGACGCUUUCCCAAAAUGACCCAAGUGAAAGGGGAGGGAGCAGCUUACGUGUUACAAAGCAUUGUUUCGAGAGCGACACAUCGACCACCCCCCUUUGUUUGUUGGCAACAUAUAAAAGCUUCGGUGGGUCUGUAGUAACUGGUGCUGUUCAAAUUGGAUAAGGGGAUCUAGUAAUAUACCGUGGGGAAAUCGCUACACCUCUCAACGCGUAGCUUUCUUUGCUGGCCCACUCCUUUAUCAUCGGAACUUAUACUUCUAUCCAGGUAUUUCCUUCUGAGUUACAAAAACAAAGAAGCUUGAGUAGAAUAGAGACAUAUUUCUUAGAGAACUGAAAACAGAAAUACAGCAUUAUUUGAAAAGCACAUUAUCUCUUGCAUUUUUUUUGUAGAAGCUCUACGUCAUUCAUUGAGAGGUAGACUUAGUAGUGCACAAAAACCGACAGCGCUUUUCGGUGUGCGUCCGCCUCAUUCAUUUACUGGCAAUAUAAACAGGCAUUUGGUCUGUCUAUAAUGAAUUAAACCACUUCAUAAAGCGUCGCGGGAGCUAGUUGGCCGUCACGGAAACACCUAACAAAACACCGCUUUCCAUACCACUGAAUAUCUUCUUAUAUCGUUAAAACUACCAUGGUAGGUAAUAUAUGUCGAUAGAAAUAAGCGUUCAUGUCAUAAGAAUGCAUUUAUUCAGUGGAUAUCGGAGCUCAACAUUUUGUUUCAGGCAUGGAGGUUUCAACAUGGCGUUUCUUUCGUUCCAGCGAAUCAAAAAUGAGCUUCAUAAUUUAUUAUAGACCGGCCGUAGCUCUAUAUCUUGUCAGCUAGCCAAUGUGGAGAACUCCUAAGACAACGCGUAAAGCCUCCAAGAGUACUGUAUUUUUCCUUUCAGGCGAAGAAAAUGUCUCUAUUAUACUUUGUGAUUGAUUGGACAGUAGAUGAGAUAACCGCCUAGUAGAAGAUGCCUGGAUGGAAGCACCCCAGAUCACCCGGGAUGUGUUCAGAUGACAUAAGUUGAACGUCAUUCAGUGGUGGUGAGAGGAGUAGUGUCUUGAAUUAGUUCUGUAGGUUUCACCACGGCAUUUUACUAGCUUCCAUGGUACAAGUUGGAGCAGCGUAGUUUAGCACAGAUCGACCGGCGCUUUUAUAUGUUGCCAGUAUAUCAAGUUGAAGAUGUGGUGUUGUGGAUGUUGUGUGCGACUGAGUUGAAUUUACGAUAUAAGGAGCAGCGCGUCGUCUAAAUGUUGCAAACGCGAUCUCUGUAUCCUUACAUACUGCAGCAGAGAGAGUAGAGAAUCCUUUUGCUGAACCAUGUAGUGUGUGCAGAAAACGCAAUUUGCUCGCUGAGGGCUGGGAGGUACAUAUAUACGUUUAUGGCAUCAAUCCGGAGGGAACUUUCAACCAUUGGUUAAAAAAAUAACUUAAAGCUAGUGUAUAUUAUGCAAUUUCGAACAUACUGUUUGUUACUAUUUUCAAAAAAGAAGCUUUUGUAAAGUUAUUACAUGCAAAUUUUCGAAUUUUAAAAUGUACAAGAAUAAAUUUUAACAUUGAAGCAGAGCUGGCAA